UUGACCUCAUCUGUAAAAGGGGGAUGGAAUGUCUUGGCCCUGACAUAAUAGGUUUGUAGCUUUCAGCUAGAACACAAGGGGGGGUUGGAUUAAAGUCUCUAAAGCAGGAGGAGAAGGCUUCAUUACAAACAGACCUCAGUUUCUUCUGGCAGGGGAGGAAGCACAGCACAAUGGCAACAGUGAGUGUAUCUGCUGCGCUGAAGUCUUCCAAGUCUAUGAAAAGGUAUAAAAGUGUUAGGAGGAAAGCCAGCAUCUACAGAAUUCCACCUGACAGCAACUCGGAUGAAGAUGAUGAUGAUGAUGGCAAGGAAGAAAAUAAUGACCCUGAAACUAUCUUCCAGAAUAUACAGAUGCAGAAAGAGAUUAUGGCAAAUAUCAGAUGCAGACCCUGGCCAAUGAGACAAAAGCUGCGCUCGCUCAGACAAGCUAAAGAAAUUGUCUUAAAGUAUGAAGGGAGAUUAACAAGAACACGGGGGUACCAAGCAGCUGGAGCAGAGCUUUGGAAAAAAUUUCUUAGGGUUUCCUAUAACUUUGUUGUCCUAUUUAUUCCUUGGGAAAUGAGGAUAAAGAAGAUAGAGAGUCACUUUGGAUCUGGGGUUGCCUCCUACUUUAUAUUUUUGAGAUGGCUGUUUGGGAUAAACAUUGUCCUUACAAUCAUGACUGGGGCAUUUGUUGUUAUUCCUGAGAUCCUUGCUGGUGCCCCGUUUGGAAGCACUGUCAACAAGAAAAUUCCAGAUAAAGAACUUUCAUCAGCCCAGGACCUCAACACCAUCUGGUCAUUGGGGGGUUACCUGCAAUACUCUGUGUUAUUUUAUGGCUAUUACGGUCGAGAAAGAAAAAUAGGGCGAGCCGGGUACCGCCUUCCAUUGGCGUAUUUUCUUGUUGGAAUGGCUGUCUUCGCCUACAGUUUCAUCACACUUUUAAGAAAAAUGGCAAAGAACUCUAGACUGAGUAUGGCAAGUGCCUCAGAUGAAAACUAUACCUUCUGCUGGAAAAUCUUCUGUGCGUGGGAUUAUCUAAUUGGCAAUCCAGAGGCAUCUGAGAGUAAAACAGCUGCAAUAGUCAACGGCAUUCGAGAAGCAGUUUUAGAAGAACAAGAGAAACAUAAAAGCAAAAAUCUAGCGGUUACAAUAAGCCUCAGGAUUCUCGCAAACAUCCUAGUUCUCCUUUCACUGGCUGGAAGUAUUUACAUUAUUUAUUUUGUGGUGGACAGAUCCCAAAAGUUGGAAAGAACAAAAAUAGAAUUGAGUCUAUGGGAAAAAAAUGAGGUUAGUGUUGUUGUCUCUCUAAUCACUAUGAUUGCCCCUUCUGCCUUUGAGCUUGUAGCUGCUUUGGAGAUGUAUCACCCAAGGACUACUUUGAGAUUUCAGCUUGCAAGGGUGCUUGUGUUAUAUCUUGGUAAUCUCUACAGCUUAAUAAUUGCCCUGCUGGACAAAGUGAAUAGCAUGAGUCACAGUAGCAAUAAUACCUCCUUGGCCCCAAUGUAUGCUACAACAGCAUUCACCAUGUUAUCUACUGCUUCUCCUGGCUGGGACCUGAACAGAACCUCAACCCUUGCACUGGAUAUAGAUCUGAACAGGACAAAACCCAUGCUACCAACCAACUGGACAUUAUCCCCUGUUGCUUCAGACAUCCCAGGUGCAAAAAAUGAGUGCUGGGAAACCUAUGUUGGACAGAAAGCAGCUCAGGCUGUGCAAUUAUUUAACUUCAAUCUAUAUUUACUCCAGGAAAUGCUGAAGUUAUCGAUUAUCGACAUGAUUUUCACAGUAGCGAGUAUACUGCUUAUUGAUUUCUUUCGUGGACUGUUUGUGAGAUAUUUGAGUAAUUGCUGUUGCUGGGAUCUGGAGAGCAAAUUUCCAGAAUAUGGAGAAUUCAAAAUUGCAGAAAAUGUCCUGCAUCUAGUCUACAAUCAAGGAAUGAUUUGGAUGGGUGCUUUUUUUUCCCCGUGUCUUCCAGCGUUCAACGUUUUCAAAUUAAUAGGGUUGAUGUAUUUGAGAAGCUGGGCAGUGCUGACGUGCAAUGUUCCGCAUCAGCAAGUCUUCAGAGCUUCAAGAUCUAAUAACUUUUAUUUGGCUAUGUUGUUGUUCAUGCUGUUCCUGUGUAUGCUGCCAACAGUAUUUUCUAUAGUAAGAUAUAAGCCAUCUAUAAACUGUGGACCAUUUAGUGGACAAGAGAAGAUUUAUGAUGUUAUUUCAGAGACCAUAGAGAAAGAUUUUCCAGCUUGGUUUAACAAAGUUAUGAGUUAUGUCAGCAGCCCAGUUGUGGCCCUUCCUGCAUUACUGCUUCUUUUUAUGUUAAUUUACUACCUUCAGAGUAUUGCAAGAUCUCUGAAAUUCACUAACAAUCAGCUAAGAACACAGCUACACACUGAAAGAAUUGAAGACAAGAAAAAAGUUUUCCAAAUGGCUAUAGACCUACAUUGUUCGGGGUUUAUUUUCCUAAAUGUCAUUCUUUUCUUUUUUCAACCUAAGUUGAUUACAAUACAAUUUCUUUGUAACCUAGCCCGGCUGCAGAAUAAAGAUGGACCUGAAAAUAAAGCAGAACCAGACAGUGAUAUAAUCAGUCAGGAAUCAUCUGCACGUUCAUCAACUCCAAGAAAAAAUGGCAGUGUGGUGAAUUUUGAAUCUCCUGUGAGCAAAGGCAAUAGGAUACACACAAUCUCACAGUCAGCCUCACGUGUGGAUGUUCCUCAAGCAGCAAGUCUAACUCAGAGUCCUUCUAUAUCUGGCAUGCAAAAACAAAGGACAGAGCAUGUUCCAAACAGGCCCGCAAGUAUCAAACAGAGAGGAGACCAUGAUGUUGAUCGCACAAAAAACUACAAUCCAAUAUCACAUAAAAAGCAAGACCACAAUGCUUUCUCUGAGCCUCUAUUCAGAAAAGGAAUAAAGCAAAGCAGCCCAAAUCAUGGAGCUGGAGCACCAAGUUUUGUGGCCAAAAGGCCUCCCACAAGAUAUUUUAUUGUCAAUGAACAAGAUUCUCACAUGAAGCUUUGUUCAACUUCAAAGCUACCAAGACAUUUCAGAAUGGAAGAGUCUGGAGAUAUUGUGGAGCUAUACCCAAGAAAUAUCAGAAGAUAUGUUGCUCAACACCCGCAUCGGUCCUACUCACCUUAUUUAAGUGAGGAUGAAGAAGAUGACUUGCAUAGAGUUCUAAUGCGUAAGUCUAACAGGCCUCAUUCAAUGUCAGAUCUCCGACAUCCACCUCGAUUCUAUAUUGGGGAUCGUACAGACAAUCAGAUAUCAUCUAACAGAGAUGCAGCUAAAAUGCAAUAUAAAUCACGGGAAGGCGGCUUCCGCCAUGAAGGGGAAAAACCACAUAAUCGCAAAAAGAUAAAUCAUAAAAACAUAGACCUUGCUGAGCACUAUGUGGAACGCCACCGCAAAGUAAAAUCAAAACACAAGCUUGAACCAUGCUUAACUGAGUCAGAUUCUGUCUCCAAUGCAUCCAGCAGUGAUCAACAAAACAGCAGCACAGAUCAAUACAUACAGGUUAUCCAUAAUAAAGACAAAUAUAUCAAAAACAGUGGAAAGCUAACUCGAAAGAAGGUAAAAACUACUGUGGACUUAAAUGUUUCCCAACUGAAUGAUCUGAUUUGUUCAAAUGUCUAAGUCAGUUAAGGUCAAUGUUAAAUUUAACUUUGCAUCAAACUGUGCAAUGAUUCAUUGCUGUAAUAUUCAUCCGUUGUUUCUUUUGUGGUUAUUUUAACUUUGUCAUUUUAUUUUAAUUUUGUUUAUUUUAAAUGUAUUUACUUUUAGUUAAAUUAUGUUGGUUCAGAAUAAUCAGGUACUGUAGCCCAUCACAACCAACUUUCUUUUAACAAUGACAAUACUAAAAGCACAUUUAUGUUUAAAAUGAUUGAAAAGUCAGAGCAGUUGUUUUAUAUGGACUCUAAA